AGAAGGGUUGGAAGGAGUGGAGCCUGAAGGAGGAGCUCACCCGAAUGGGAGUUAAAUGCAAACGUGGUUCCCUUUGAAGCCUGAGUCUCAGCUUUGAAGCCUCAUCUCAGCAAAAAGAGUGCCACAGGUUUCUUGGUAACUGGAAAAAAAUGUGAAACACACCCAUCCAGCCAAUUAAGCAGCUAACAAAUCAGCACCUCACUGCAGACAGGGCUAUGAAAAGGCUGGUUUUGAAUGAUUUAUUCCAACAAAACUAUCUCAGAUUUACAAUAAUAUAGUCAGGCAUGUUUAAGAACAUAACCUUUUCUUACCCUUUCUGUGACUACCUUUUCUUACUAAAUUCCUGUUUCACCUUUAGAAAUAAUCUCUUUCCUACUGGAACGUUUCGAUCUAGAUGUCAGAGCUCUCUGCCCAGUAAUUAGCUGCUUAUUCAGAGACAUAUGGGCUGGCUAGAACUUUGGAGGUCACCUAAUUUAUCUCUGUGCCUGAUGGCAGGAUUUAUGACCGUCAUUCCUGGUUGAUGUUUGUCUAUAGAUGCCCAGUGACAGAGUUUAUACUAGUCCUCAGGCGCCAGCUCCGCUGCCCCCUUAUCCAACACUGAAAGCUUUCCUUGAUAUCUAACGUGAAUUUUAUGCUACUUGCUGUUAUCUUCAAGUCCAGCCCAAAGGACUUGGAGAGCAUGUGAAAGCCUUAAUGCGUUACAUUUCUGCACACUUCUUUCCUUAGCUUGUUUCCACACUGGUACUUCUUAGGUUCUUGUAGUGUCCUUUGGUGUAUACUGGCUUCUCUUUGUCUGCUCCAUGGCUUUCUUAAGCGCAGUAUCUGAGCUGGACACAGUCCACGUGGGUGGAAUCGCUCUCAGUGUUGUGCAGAGUGGAAGAAUUACCUCAUGUAUCUUGCAGAGGACACUUGCUCUUCACUGGCAUGGAAUGCCUUUUUCUCAAGUGCGUGAUGUUUAUUUCUUUUCAGUUUAUGAUCCUCCAAAACCCCAGAUCCUUCUCUGUGGUACAGGUACCUAAUCAAUUGCCAAUUGAUUAUUUAUAGCCACUAAUUUACAGUUCAUAAUACCUAAAUGCAUUUGGGAGCUUGUCCAUAUUGAACUGCAACCAAUUUCCACCAGUUUGUCAAGAACUUUCUUAAUUCUAGUCUUGGCCUCCAAAGCACUCGUGUCCUCCAGCUUGUGCACAUUUAAUAGGGUUAUCUGUACUUGCAAUCCAGGUUGUUAAUGAAUGUAAGUCAUUAGCUGCCUACUUGUCCAUCCUCUAACUCUACUACCUACAGCCCCAAUUUCUGCAGGGUCUUGGUGCUUGGUGUGCUAGGUGGUUGGGUUGGUUUCUGCUGCUGUGAGCCUGUGUUUACCCAAACGUACAGAUCACAGCACAAAGCUCUCAGCACAAGGUUAGGAAACUGGUCUUGCUCUGGUACUGGUAACUUCUCAAAAUGCCACUGAUGUCCAUAAGGCUGUAUGGCAAGAAGAUGGUAUAAAACCAUUGGACAAAACCUGCACAGCUUUCCAGCAACAUUUGGAUUUGAUUUUCUAGGGGAAGAACAAAUUGAGUUAUGAGCAGUGGUCUGUAGGUAGCUGGCUAUAGAUUAUUUCUUACCAGUCAUUAAACAUUCCUGCUCUUGCAAAGGUUACUAGAGAAUUAUUGGACUAUGGUAUCUAAUUAACCCUCAAUAAAAAAAGUAAAACAAUUUCUGGGCUAAACUGUGUGCUCGUAUUGAGCCUUCCUUUAGUUCCCUUUUUCACUAUGUUUGCCUAACUUAUCAUCUGCCAUCUUUUCUGAAGUGCCUAUCACAUUUGUACUUGAAAGACAGCAGUUAUAAAAGAAACCCACAGAGAGAUGACCAAACAGACAUUUGAAUGAACGGAGCAGACUCUUCACAGAACUUUUUAGACUCCACAGCUAUUGACAUCUGUAACAUGGUGACGAGGCACAUAUGCUGAUACUUGGCCUUUCUUAUUUACCAUCUAAAGAUUACAUACAGCAUGAUGAAAGUUUUUCUGAUCCUCCUUUGGACAGUGAGCUUGGUUCAGCCAAACAUACCUCAGGCUGUAGCAGUUCAGGUUUUCCCACCUGUUGACUUCACCCUUACAGUCUCUGCAUUAGCACAAGUACUUUUACACUGGAAACCAAAUCCUAAUCAAGAACAAAAAAACUACACUAUUAGAUAUGAUGUGAAAAUCCUAAGCCCUGUGCCUGAAGAGUAUGAUACAAAGAAGACUUACAGUAUCCGAACAGCUGUACUUCACAAUGGUUUCUCUGCACACAUUCGGACGUUACUUCUCCAUGAUGACUUUCAGAUGAGAAGUGACUGGGUGAAGAAAAAACUCCCACCUCCACCAGGUGCUCCAGAGACAUCUGCCACUAAUUUGUCCUGUAUUACUCGCAUCACCAUUUCUAGUAUUGUUUCUCUCCAUUGCACUUGGAUUCCUGGCCAAGGGGCACCGAAAGAUACCAACUAUUUUCUGUUUUACAGGUAUGAGACGUACACUGAAGAAUGUCAAGAUUAUAUCAAAGAUAAGUGGAACAGGAAUAUUGAGUGCAGAUUUUCAGUGACUCAUAUUGAUCCUGAAGGGAUUGACAAUCUCAUUGUAAUACACAUUAAUGGGUCGAGCAAGUAUGCUGCAAUCAAACCUUUUCAGCAGUUAUUUAACCAAAAUGCCAUUGAGAAAGUGAAUGUUCCCAGAAAUGUCACUGUAUUCUUAGAGCAAAAUGAUCUCUUUGCCACAUGGGAGAAGCCGAUUUCUCCUUUCCCUAAAGCAUGUUUUGAAUACGAAUUGUACCUCUUCAACUUCAAGUCACGUAAUGAACAGAUAUUGAAAAUCUCUUCAAAUGACUUCAGAUUACGGAUUGAUGUUACCAGCAGGUAUUCUGUACAAAUAAGAGCUAAUCAUCACAUAUGUUGUAUGAGAGGAUUUUGGAGUGACUGGAGUGAAAUUAUUUACAUUGGACAAAACAAACUGGAAAAUCCAAUAGCCUGGAUUCUCGCUGUGCUUUGCGUGUCCAUGUGCUGCAUGUUCCUACUUGUUGCUAUAAUAUGCAAAAUAGGCUAUGGAUGCCACAUAGUAAAAACAGAUGCCAUAUAGCCAAGCUUCCCAAAAUGCGCUGUGAAGAAACCCAGGUACACGUCAAAUUUCUGUAGCUGUGAGCAGUAAAUCAUAAGUGAUGAAUUAAAGAAUCAAUGUAAUUACAAGCUUCUCCCUUGAAACAUGCAUCAAGCAGCAAUUAUCAGUCCGCAAUAAACACGGCUCCCAGUAAUCUAAGUGCUGUCCUUGACUCUGCUAAUUUCUUAUUAAUUUCUUUAAUACCUUUUAAUUUACUGGUCAUCCUGAUGUGUUCUUAGCUAUUUUCCUUUCCAUACUGCAUUUCCUUUAUCAAAUAAAGGUUUUAGUUGCAGGAUUGUUAUGUCAGAAUAACUGUUAUUAACUUUACCUAAAAUAUCUGAUGUCUAUGAUAACCUGUUCUUAAGCCAAUUUAAUUAGCAUAGCAGGUCUCAAUAAGCAAUCCUUUUUGGAACAAGAUAGAUUAGCUCCCCAGAGUGUUUAUUUUUGUCAUGCUUUGUAUGAUGCAACCUUCGUAUAUUGAUGGAAAACCCCAAACUGCUGUUACUCACAUCACUGAUUCCUUAC